UAAACAUCUCGCGACAAUUUCCGCGAUUGUGUUUCAUCAUGGCUUCCAGACAACGUGAGGUUAUGUAAAAAGUAAAGAAUUUUUCGAAUGUAAGACAUCAUACGUUAGCGUUAGAACUUUUAUUCUAAUAUUUAUUCAGUUACGUUAAUAAGAGAAUAUAAAUGUCUGUAGUCAUAGUAACGAGUAGUUAGAAAAUGUCUGGAGUAUUGAACCGACAACUUACAAUGGAUGAUUCUCAGAGGGGUCAAGGCGAUGCUGGAGGUCGUCAACUUGGUAAUGGACACAGCCAAGGGUCAGCGCUACAAUUCUUUGGUCAAGCAAAGAAAAGAAUCAACGAUAUUUUUAAAGAAAUUGGAGAAUACAUUGUGGAAACAGAUAAAUUUGUUGAUGAUGUGGUGUUAUCAGGUCAGGAUAUUAUUAGCCAGGAAUGUUGUCGUGUUGUCAAGGGUUUCAGUCAGAGGGUUAAUGGUAUCAUGGAAAUAUUGGCUCGAGAUAGAAUGAAAGUAGCCUUUUUUGGCAGGACGUCAAAUGGUAAAAGUACUGUUAUUAAUGCCAUGUUACGUGACAAGAUCAUGCCCAGUGGAAUCGGUCAUACAACUCACUGUUUUAUACAAGUUGAAGGAACUGAUUCCUCUGAGGGCUUUCUACUCACAGAAGGGUCUGAUCAACCUCAGAGCAUAGGGUCUAUAAAACAGUUGGCUCAUAAUUUGAGUUCUGUAAAAUUAGAAGAAAAUUCCUUGGUUCGUAUAUUAUGGCCAAAGAGUAAAUGUCGUUUAUUAAAAGAAGAUGUAGUAUUUGUUGAUAGUCCUGGUAUUGAUGUAACACAAGAAUUAGAUUCAUGGAUAGAUAAAUAUUGUCUUGAUGCUGAUGUUUUUGUGUUGGUUGGAAAUGCUGAAUCAACCUUAAUGCAAACAGAGAAAAAUUUCUUCCACAAAGUUAGUGAACGUCUGUCCAAGCCGAAUAUUUUUAUUCUCCAAAAUCGUUGGGAUGUUUCUGUGUUAGAGGAAGAUGCUGAUGAUGUUCGUAAACAACACAGUGAUCGUAAUCUACAGUUUCUAAUAGAUGAGUUGAAAGUUGUGGACAAAAAGGAAGCAGAAGACAGAUUAUAUUUUAUAUCGGCACGAGAAGCUCUUGUUUCACGAUUACAUGAAGAUAAAGGCACACCAACACCCACUGGUAGUUUACAAGAAGGUUUUCAUAUGAGAAUGUUUGAAUUUGCGAAUUUCGAGAGAAAAUUUGAGGAAUGUAUAUCAAAAUCGGCGGUACAGACAAAAUUUGAACAACAUACAGCUCGGGGUAAAAAUAUAACAUCUGAGGUUCGUGGUGUCAUGGAAAACACGUACAUAAGAAGUCUAGAACUUACUGAAGAACAACUGAGUGUAAGAAGAGGAAAGAAUGAUGAAUUAGAUUAUUUAGGGAAACAAUUAAAACUGUUGACACAGGAAGUGAAAGAUAAAAUUAGAUCAAUGGUUGAAGAUGUUGAGAGAAAGGUUGCCAGUGCAUUAAAUGAUGAAAUACGUCGUCUUUCGCUUCUUGUAGAAGAUUUCGAUCGACCAUUCCAUCCAGAUAAUUUAUUAUUAAACGUCUAUAAAAAGGAACUACAUGUGUAUGUGGAGCAGUGUCUGUGUCAGAAUCUAGGAGGUAGAUGCACUGGAAAUAUAACAAAAAAACUUGAUUGUGCUGAAUUCUUCAUGGCUGAACGAUUAUCAGCAUUAUUACCAAACGAAACUCGACAGCAUCUUUUUAAUCAAAUACCUAAACGGGACUUUGAAAUUGCCUACCGUUUAGACUGUAGAAAUCUCUGUGCUGAAUUCCGUGAAGAUAUAGAAUUCCGUUUUUCAUUUGGACCAGCUGCCUUGAUGCAGAAAUUGAUGGGAUCGAAAAGUGCUAGAUCAGCUUUGUUAGGGGCCACCAGUUCAAUUAGUCAACCACCUGCUAACAGAGCGGCUGGUGAUGCUCCUGGUUUUACUGAACAUGAUAACGAAGUUCUUGCCUCCAUCUUGUCUACUUUUGCUUCACUGACUUCAAGGUCGUCGUUAGGGACAGUUGCUGUAGCAGGAGUGUUGGCUAAAGCUGCUGGUUGGCGUGUUAUCGCUGUUACUGGUGCCUUAUAUGGUCUCUUAUAUUUAUAUGAGAGAUUAACCUGGACAACCAAGGCUAAAGAAAGAGCAUUUAAACAACAAUAUGUGGAAUAUGCCAGCAGUAAAUUACGACUUAUUGUAGAUUUAACAAGCUCUAAUUGCAGUCAUCAAGUACAACAAGAAUUAAGUUCAACGUUUGCACGAUUAUGUCAUCAAGCUGAUAUUUCUAAAAAUCAACUAAAAGAAGAAAUAAAAAUGUUAGAUUUAGUUAUAGAAAAACUGAAAGAAACGACAAAUAAAGCUAAAACUUUAAGGAAUAAAGCUGAUUGGUUAGACACAGAGUUAAAUAGUUUUACCAGUUCGUAUCUCACAGAUUCAACAUGAUAUAACUGAAAUCUAUAAAUAUUUAACUUGAAGGCGAACAUAGUUACAUCUCUAUGUGGUUAUAAGGACUAUAGUUGAACUAAAAUAUAUCCAGAUUAACGCUGGGGUAUAAUCAGGUGUGGAAAUAAUAUCUGUGUGCCUGGCAAUGUCUGUGACAGGUGCCUCGUUUCCAGACUUGAGAAUAUUGGUAAAUAUGUGAGAUCGGAAUCUGCUAGAAGAGAAAUGAUCAAUGUAGUUCUCAGUAAACAAACAAUGGAAAAGAUUAGAAUCGGAAGUAUUUUUGUUUGAAACAACCUUCAGCAAUAAUCAAGUAUAGUUGUGGUGAGAUUUCAAUGAACUUGGAUACACGAUUUUGACCAGAAGUCCCACCCGUGGAUAAAUUAUUGAAGUAAUGAUCUGUAAAUAUUAGUUGCUUUAGCAGACGUGUUCUUUAUUGACUUCGGAGGUUUUGUUUAAAAAAAGGACCACACAUGGCUUUACGUAAGUUGCAGGAAGUAAGCUUAUUUUUUGUGCAGUUUUGAGGUCUAUAAUUAAUUUAUUAAUGAAUUGUAGUGCUUAAAACUUGAAGAGUAUCAAUCUAAAAUUUCCAUGUUUAGAAACUUUCUCCCAAAUGUUUUUAAUCCCACGACGAAAACAAAACAAAAUACACCCUGUAUGUCCUUUUUUACAUCAGGGGCAUAUCUCAUAUACCGUUCAAGAUAUUUUUAUGAAACUUUGUAUACACAUCCAUCUAUAAAGCAUUUGUGUCUUCGACUAACAAGAACUUUCUCUAAUUGAUUCUUUUCCUGUUUCCAUGGUAACAAAUUUGACUUUUCUUGGGGUGAAAUGUCUCUUGAGAGAUGAUAGGCCGAUACUCUUUGAUUUUACUGAAAUAUAUAUUUGUGUAUUGUAUAACUAGGGGUAACAUGUAGAAUCCUUGCUUUAUAUAGACUGUUUCACAUUUGUGUAAAUUAUUCAAAAUAUCUGACCAUUGAGAUGUUUCACUUAAGAACGUUCUUGCCUUUUUUUCUAUUUUCUGUUUUUAAAAAAUGUAAAGAGUUAAUGAAUGAGUGUAUUUUUACAAUCAUUUAACUUUACAUCCAUGUAGCUAUGACAUCAAGGAUCAAUUCGACAUAUUGGAGUCUGAGAUUAUUACCGGUAGUGACGUCACAUUGACACCAUGUGACAAGGCAAGCCAAAAACUAACAUCAUCUCUUAAGUACCAUAUUAUAACAACUCUUCAAAUAAUUGAAUUUAAGCGAGAAUUGUAUAUUUUCUAAGAAAGUUGGAUUUAAAAAGGAAAUGAUACAUUUGACUAUUUCUUAACUGACACAAGUGAAUUAUAGGAUUUAGGAUUAUUCCUUAACAUGGUAGGAUUGUGUGUAUAGAUGUCAUGUAUUUAAAAAGUUUAUUCUAAACAUAUGACUUAAAAAAAAAAAUGCAAUUCUCGCUUUAAGUUACAUAACAAAAAUUCAUUUUAUUAUUGACUUUUUUCUUUUAUUUUUAGUUGUGAUGUAAUGAAAUUAUUUUAUAGAAUAUAAUUAAGAUGAAAUGGUUUAUUAGAUUAUUGAUAUAUUAGUCUUUGUUGUUUUCUUUGUUUUGUUGUAUAUUAUCUGGGUGCUAUUUGUUUAUUGUUUGUUUAUGGAUCCAUCUAAUUGAAAUUGUGCCAACAUCUGUUUUAUACUUUCCAUUGUUUACUUUACUUCAUUUUGGUCUAAAAAUACUUAUUGAUAUGGAAUAUUCAGUAAUGCACAGAUUGUGAUUGGUCAACUCCAGUUUAACCUACCAAUAGAAGCCCGUGAUACAGAAAAUCCUCAAAAUGGUUUGACUAACAAGAUAUUGUAGUACAAGACAACUAGUAAUCUAUUAUUGUAAGCAGUGAGUAUUUGUAGUACAGAUACAAUACUACUAGUAAUCUAUUUUUGAAACGGUGAGUAAUUGUAGUACAAUACUACUAGUAAUAUAUUAUUGAAGCGGUGAAUACUACUAGUGAUCUAUUAUUGAAGCACUGAGUAAUUGUAGUACAAUACUACUAGUGAUCUGUUAUUGAAGCAGUGAAUAAUUGUAGUACAAUACUACUAGUGAUCUGUUAUUGAAGCAGUGAAUAAUUGUUGCACUAAUGAAAUAAUUAUUGUUGUUAUUAUCUUUACCGUAUUGUUAUUAUUAUGGAUUGUGUUCUAUGACCGCAUGUUGAUGUUGGCACGUUCUUGAAUUGUUUGAGGUCCCUAGUCAUUACCAUUACUGAAGGUCUGAGCUAAAACAAUUAUAUUUUCUUUCUCUGGCCAUGGAUAUUAAUUAAUUAAAGAUAUAUUAAAAUAAAAUAUGGAAUGUUAAUUAAAGUUAUUAGUCUACUGUCUGGAAGUGUUAAUAUGCACGAGUGAUUGGUAUUUUUAUAAUAUACAUGCAUGUAGAAUAUGGCCUGUUCAAUUCAAGCACUUGUUGUAUGCCCUUGGCCCUUAUAAACUUUUUAAUACUCCACAUUUACAUGUGAACGUAUAUUGUGACGGCUCUGUCAGGCUGGAUGUCUAAAAUUUGUUUAUAUCCGAAAGAUCUCGGUUCCUUUCAAUAUUGGCAUGUGUCGGACUAUAACUUCAUGGAUUAUUGCCCCUGAUUGUACGAAAAAUCAUUUGUUUUUUUGUUUUUUUUAGCACUGUCCAUCUCUUGCAAAUGUGGGCAUAUCUUGCAUGGCAACCACUUGUAAAACAGGGUUAUGCUAACUAUAUAUGUACAUAUUUGUUUUCCUGUGAGUAGCAAUGUUAGAUUGUUGUUUUGUCAGUUUGUCAUAUUUUAUCAUCUAUUCAUGUAUCUGUUGUAACAUAGAACAGCACAGUACUCCUAGAUGUACAACAGACUUAAACCAAUAGAGACCUAUAUAAAUAAAACAAUAUUCCUGGAUGUAACAGUUAUUACUAGGCUAGUAUGAGAUUCCUUGAAAACAACAAAAAUAUUUUACAGAAUUCAUAUGGUUAAAGUUAAAAAGUAGCGAUGGUUUCUCCGAUUUAUAUCAAAUUUGUAUAAAAUGUAAUUUUAACAUGCCCAGUGUACCUGUCUUGUGAAAUAAGUCAAUUUUUCUAUUGUUACUAACCAUACUUAACCUCAACAUGGAAUUUACUGUGUAUUUUGGUGCUGUGGGAGGGAUUGAUGUACAUGUGAGCUAAGCCAUUUCCCCUUCCAGAACUGUUUUCUUUAAAUAAAGAUAUUGUUGUAGAAAUGAAAUCUCAUACCAGCCCGUUCCAUUGGGAUAUACAUGUAAUGUACUGUUAAAUGAAGAAUAAAAUUAACUAAAAUUGAAAGUUUAGAUGGAAUUUUUAAAAAAAAAUGCCUAUACAUUAUUGCUUUUCAUAUUAUUAGAUUCUUUUAAUAUUUCUAACUGCCUUCACUAACUUAAGAUAAUAAGAGGAUUAACAUACAUUUAAUCUCAUAAUCAUCGUAAUUUAUGAUAUAUAAUGAUAUAUAUAUGUAUAAAUGUGUUUAAUACAUGUAAAUAUUAUAAAGCCUGAUAUUAAAUUAUGCAACAAAUUUAGAAUAAAAAAACUUGACUGUU